AUGAGGGGAAACGUGGAUGCUUCCACUGCGGCAGAGGAGCUGGCGUCACAUGUUCCUGGCAAGCGCAGGACGGCGGGCAAGGAGGCGGACGCAUGCAAUAAGGAGGACCUCGACCCAGCCUCCACCUCAACGCCGCUCGGCCACCACCAUCGCCACGGCCCCAAGCCCCCCUCGUCCGCCAAGGGCCACACCCACCACUGCCGGUCCUACAGCGCCCAGUGCCACAUCGCCGGCGACGACGCCUUCCUGUUGCCCACGCCGGCCGCUACGCGCCGCGGGCCCGGGAGCGUCCCACCCGCAACUCCGCUCGCGAGCCGCUUCAGCGUGGACACAGACGCAGUCGCGCCGGCCUCUGCCGCAGCAGGCGCCAGCGCCGGCGCGUCCACGCCGCCGGUGCCCACGCCUGCGCAGGCGACGCCCUCGGUGGCCGCCCCCGCCACGGCGCCGCCGGCGGUCGGCGUCACGCCCACGACGGCGCCGCCUCCCGCCCCGCGCACUGCCAGCCGGUGGCAGGCCGCCGACAGCGGUGAGCGCAGCGGCGGCGGCAGCCCCGUGGCCUCCGAUGCCUCCGGCACUGCGGCGGCCCGUGCGGCGGUGCGCGCUGCCAUGAGCCUCAGCGGCCGCAGCGCCUCCCCGCUCCGCACCCCGUCCGAGGGCACCGCCAGUGAGCGCAGCGCGACCGCAGCCGCGCUGCUGCUGCUGCCCGCAAAGCUGCGGUCCAAGGCGCAGCGCGGCGGCAGCGCGCCGCCCCAGCAGCCGCCGCCGGCGGCCGCUGCGCCUGCAGCCGAGGGCGCCGAGGCAGGGGUUACGCACGGCCGCGGCGGCGUCGAACCAACGGCUGUGGAGGGCGCGGAGGUGGGAAUGGGGCGGGCCGAGUCGUUUGACUUGAUGCUGCUCGCUGCUGCGGCGGCAGAGGGGACACCUCCGGCCAAGCAGCAGCACCAGCGGCCCGCGCAGCCAUCCGCGCUGCCCGAGGCCGCGGCCGGCGUCGCGCCUCUGCGCUCCGGCCAGCAGCAGCGUGUGCGGGGCGCGGAGAGGCAGUGUGGGCUUGGAGCGGCCGCAGGCGCGCCAGCGGCGCCGACGGUGCGCCUGGGGCCUUUGACGUGCCUGCAUGUGCACGUGACAAACGGUAAGCAGCAGCAGCAGCAGCAGCAGCAGCAGCAUCAGGCGCACCAGCAGCAGCCGGCGGCGCUGCGGCAGGACGUCCCUGCUCCAGCUGCGGGGCAUGCGACGCCCGCGCAGCGGCGCAUGCACCCUGGCCAGCAGCUGCACCAGCUGCAGCACCAGCAGCAGCUGCAGCAGCAGAUACUCCGGGGCCCCCCCAGCUCAGGCGGCCGCGGUGCGGUCGCAGGCAACGCCCUGCCCUCACCCGUGCUGGCCCGCGCGCACGUGCACGCGGGCCCGCGGCGGCGGUCGGUCGACAGCAGCAGCGGGCCGCCGUCGCCGGCGGACGCGCCGGCGCCGGCCCUCGAGCCGGCGCCCCGGCCGCGGCAGGCGCAGCGGCGCGGGUGGGAGGCUGAGGGGCGGGAGCCCUCUCAGGAGGCGCAGCGGCAUUGGCGCAAGGCUGGCAGCGUGGGCAGCGGCGCGCCGGGCUGCGUCCCCUAUGACCCCCAGCUGGUCCCGAGCCUUUUCAAGGCGCCGCUGCCUAAGGCACCGGUGGUGGCGGCACAGCAGCAGCAGCCGCCGCAGCAGCCGCCGCCGCCGCCGCCGCCGCCGCAGCAGCAGCAGCACCAGCAGGCAGUUGAAACGCCUCUCGCACGUGCUGCGGCCAGCGCAAUCGCCACUGCUGCCGCCAGCGUUGCUGCGUCCGCGCCGCCGCCGCCGCCGCCGCUGCCCAUCGCGGGGCUGUCCGCGCCGCCGGCGGCGUCGGCGGAGCAGUGCUGGCGGCUGGCGCUGUCGCAGCCUUGGAUUAUUGGCAUGGAGGUGCAGAGGGCCAACGCGGUGCUGCAGUCGGCCCGCGAGGCCGCAGUGGCGGCGGCGGCCACGCAGCAGCGGCUGCCGCAGCAGGCUGCGGGCGUCGGCGCCGCGGCGGGCGGGGCGAAGCGCUCGGCGGCGGCGGCGGGGCUUGGGGGCUUCGCAAGGGGGGGCAGGAAGGCCGUGAGGUGGGCCUGA